AUGACCACAUCCGCCUGCGUCUAUAUCCCAGAGUCAAUGACCACAUCCGCCUGCGUCUAUAUCCCAGAGUCAAUGACCACAUCCGCCUGCGUCUAUAUCCCAGAGUCAAUGACCACAUCCGCCUGCGUCUAUAUCCCAGAGUCAAUGACCACAUCCGCCUGCGUCUAUAUCCCAGAGUCAAUGACCACAUCCGCCUGCGUCUAUAUCCCAGAGACACUGACCUCACCCGCCUGCGUCUAUAUCCCAGAGUCAAUGACCACAUCCGCCUGCGUCUAUAUCCCAGAGUCAAUGACCACAUCCGCCUGCGUCUAUAUCCCAGAGACACUGACCUCACCCGCCUGCGUCUAUAUCCCAGAGACAAUGACCACACCCGCCUGCGUCUAUAUCCCAGAGACAAUGACCACACCCGCCUGCGUCUAUAUCCCAGAGACACUGACCUCACCCGCCUGCGUCUAUAUCCCAGAGACAAUGACCACACCCGCCUGCGUCUAUAUCCCAGAGACACUGACCUCACCCGCCUGCGUCUAUAUCCCAGAGACAAUGACCACACCCGCCUGCGUCUAUAUCCCAGAGACACUGACCACACCCGCCUGUGUCUAUAUCCCGGAGACAAUGACCACACCUGCCUGCGUCUAUAUCCCAGAGACACUGACCACACCCGCCUGCGUCUAUAUCCCAGAGACAAUGACCACACCCGCCUGCGUCUAUAUCCCAGAGACACUGACCACAUCCGCCUGCGUCUAUAUCCCAGAGACAAUGACCACAUCCGCCUGCGUCUAUAUCCCAGAGUCAAUGACCACAUCCGCCUGCGUCUAUAUCCCAGAGACACUGACCACAUCCGCCUGCUUCUAUAUCCCAGAGUCAAUGACCACACCCGCCUGCGUCUAUAUCCCAGAGACACUGACCACAUCCGCCUGCGUCUAUAUCCCAGAGUCAAUGACCACAUCCGCCUGCGUCUAUAUCCCAGAGUCAAUGACCACAUCCGCCUGCGUCUAUAUCCCAGAGUCAAUGACCACAUCCGCCUGCGUCUAUAUCCCAGAGUCAAUGACCACAUCCGCCUGCGUCUAUAUCCCAGAGUCAAUGACCACAUCCGCCUGCGUCUAUAUCCCAGAGUCAAUGACCACAUCCGCCUGCGUCUAUAUCCCAGAGACACUGACCUCACCCGCCUGCGUCUAUAUCCCAGAGUCAAUGACCACAUCCGCCUGCGUCUAUAUCCCAGAGUCAAUGACCACAUCCGCCUGCGUCUAUAUCCCAGAGACACUGACCUCACCCGCCUGCGUCUAUAUCCCAGAGACAAUGACCACACCCGCCUGCGUCUAUAUCCCAGAGACAAUGACCACACCCGCCUGCGUCUAUAUCCCAGAGACACUGACCUCACCCGCCUGCGUCUAUAUCCCAGAGACAAUGACCACACCCGCCUGCGUCUAUAUCCCAGAGACACUGACCUCACCCGCUUGCGUCUAUAUCCCAGAGACAAUGACCACACCCGCCUGCGUCUAUAUCCCAGAGACACUGACCACACCCGCCUGUGUCUAUAUCCCGGAGACAAUGACCACACCUGCCUGCGUCUAUAUCCCAGAGACACUGACCACACCCGCCUGCGUCUAUAUCCCAGAGACAAUGACCACAUCCGCCUGCGUCUAUAUCCCAGAGACACUGACUUCACCCGCCUGCGUCUAUAUCCCAGAGACACUGACCACACCCGCCUGCGUCUAUAUCCCAGAGACAAUGACCACAUCCGCCUGCGUCUAUAUCCCAGAGACACUGACUUCACCCGCCUGCGUCUAUAUCCCAGAGACACUGACCACACCCGCCUGCGUCUAUAUCCCGGAGACAAUGACCACACCCGCCUGUGUCUAUUUCCCAGAGACACUGACCACACCCGCCUGCGUCUAUAUCCCAGAGACACUGACCACACCCGCCUGCGUCUAUAUCCCAGAGACACUGACCACACCCGCCUGCGUCUAUAUCCCAGAAACACUUUGA